UGAAAAUGCAGUCGCUAUUCAACGACAACGUCGAAUUGCAGCGUCAGGUGGCCCAGUUGGAGCUCGUGGCGCGGCAACUGCCGACGAAGGACGCGACCAUUGCCAGUCUUCGCCAUGACGUGCUGCACCUGCGGAACGAAUCGUUGCGACUGCAUGAAGCCAUGGAUACCUUAACGAGUCGGCCGUUAUUUGGCGACCAGUCGACGGUCCAGAAACUGCUUGUGCAACUUGCCGACGUUGAAGGACACGCGAGUGUGCUGGCAGCGCAACUAGACAACGAAACGCACCAUAAACAAGUGAUCGAGCGGCAAAAUGCCGCGCUCAAACGUCGCCUUCGAUCGAUGGAGGCUCAAGUCCACGAGUUGGGCAGUGCCGAAGCCGCCAUCCGGUUAGAACGAGAUGAGCUGCAAUUGCAGUACAACCGUGUGGCGUUGCAGGUGACGUUGCUGCAAGAUCCGAGCAACGAGUUGUUGGUGGCGGCGUUGGCCCACGUGACCAAAUGUGCGACAUCGAAUCCGCAUGUCGUGGGGUUUCUAGACGACGACGUUCUGGAGCCACACGAGUCGCCAUCGUCGGGCAUAACGCUCGAGACACGCAACAGCCAGCAAAUAACACCGUCGCAUAUCUCGUCCAUGUUGCAGUUGCUGCGGGAGGCUGACCACAAGGUGACCGUGUUGAAAGCCCUGAAUGAUGACUUACUGGAUGAACUCAACCAAAUGCAAGCGCACCAUGCGCUGGAAGUGGCGUACUGGCAGGCCCAUUCGGCAAACAAACUUCAGCGAAAUCGAACGACCAUGGAGUCGAAUAUGGCCAUGACGGCUACACGUGGAUCGGUGAAGCAACGACCACGAAGUACACAUCUAGCGAAAUCCAACGUGGCAUCCUCUCAACCUCGACAUGACCAUGCUGUGACAGAGCGAGACGAAACCCCCAACGGGAUGCCUGCUGGAUCGUUCCUCGAUCACGCCGUCGUCCAUGCUUCCUCUCAUCUCGUGGAAGACGUCGAGUUUCAAGUGACAGUGCUAUCCAUGCUGAUUUCAGCCUCCACAACAGCCAGGGACCAACAUUCCCCACCACCCAUGUCGAAUGAUGGUCGUUUGAGAAAUUCGAACGGCGGCAGCCGACGACCGCCAACAAUGUCGCUCGUGUAUUCGUUCUUGGGCUUCCAACACGUGACCGUGGACAUGUUAAUGAUCCCUGGACAAUCACAACGAGGGAAGCAUGUGUAUGUCCCCAUCCAAGGCCCGACGCGGCAUUUCCCCGUGCGCAUGGAUGGUCCCAUGACGUUGUUUUUACAAACGUAUGCGAUCCACAUGCAGAUUGGCGAGAGGGUGGCGCACGUUUCCGUGACGGACGCGCUGCGGCAGCGUCCGUAUGGCGUGGUGUCGGUGGAGGUCGUUCAGAGGCGAAAACAAGUUGAACUACAUGAGGUCACGAACGAAGAAGAGGAAGAUUGCGAGGAGGAUGAGGAAGAGGAAGAGGUGGUGGGUCGACUGGUAGUGCAAGUAUGUCAAUCGCAUGCCCAAGACAAGCCCAGUGUCCCAGUGUUGCUAUCGUCUGGCGCUGUGGGAAUGGCUGCUUCGACCAAGUGGUUGGUGCCGCUGUGCCGCCAAUUCCAACACACGACGCAAGAUACGACGACGGCAGCCUGGGUCGACGUCGCUGCGCUGGCGUUUGUGCUGUUCACCGACGCCCGGUUCUUCCUGUAUCGCGAUCGGAUACUGGAACACUCGGAUGUACAUGCGUGGGCACGGUUGGAAGCCGACGAGUGUGCCGCGUACGUGACGUCGACAACGCAACACGAUGGGAUGCUCAGCGAUGACCAAGUCGAACGCUUGUUGUGGACGUGGACAUGGGAGACCGACUGGCUCGCGAUUGAACCGGCGUGGAGGCGACUCGUGCAGCGUCGCGGGAAGACGAUGAAGGUGUUUGCAGCGGAUAUCAUGGCGAUAGAGCACACCAGACGGACGGGGACCGACGAGCGGCACCCGGCAAGCCCAAUGAUGGCGUCGUGGACAAGUGUGGACACAUACCUACGCACCUUGACACAACACAUCGCAUGAGCUCUCGGCUUUUCAACAAUAGCAGCUGUCGUCAUCCGGAUAUGUAUCCGGUUGAUAUUUCAACAUUUUUAUAAUUUGACUACCAUUUUGAAUGGAAUAAAAAACAUUUCAACUCCCAA